CGCACACAGACUGAAGCGCUCAGCUGCUGUGCAGUUAACUGAUAGCUAGGUCUUCCUUGCCAAGCCGGCUGUACCUUUUGCAUUCAAGAUCAGUUUCCUUCUUAGCCUGCCAGAGAACUAGAAACACAGCAUCUUCUUUAGUUUAGUCUAACGCACUCACGGAAAGAGGGACUUGGCGCAGCCCUGCACGGCUAUCCAUUUACCAGAGAUAGAGGGUAAUCUGUAUACAUAUAUGUUAACCCUCUGUGGCAAAUUAAAUAUUGCAUACUUUGCUGCAUUUACUUUAUCUCUUCAGUCUACAGUUCAAAUAGUCAUUCAUUUCCCCAGACUGGGAGCUGCCAAUUAUUUUUGCCAUGAGUUCCAAUCAAACAUUACCUUGGCGCAACCAGAGCUGCUAUCUGGAAGUACAAAGUCUCAAUAUCUCUCAGGUAGGCACAGUUGACUCCAGCUGGGAUGCUUGGAAUGACACAACAGUCACUACAGCAGAGGAUGAUUUGGGGGUGAACACGGACAUUUACUCCAAAAGUCUAGUGACGGUCAUCUACAUUGGGUUGUUCCUGGUAGGAUCGCUGGGCAAUUCUAUAACAGCCUACACGCUACUGAGGAAAAGGACCUUACAGAACCUACAGAGUACAGUUCAUUAUCACCUCAGUAGCUUGGCCCUUUCUGAUCUGCUCAUCCUGCUUAUCUGUAUGCCCAUUGAACUGUACAACUUUAUAUGGGUUCACCAUCCCUGGGCGUUUGGGGACGCAGUUUGCAAGGGCUACUACUUUCUUAGAGAUGCUUGCACUUACGCCACGGCCCUUAACAUCGCCAGCCUAAGCAUUGAGAGGUACAUGGCUAUCUGCCAUCCUUUUAAGGCAAAAGUAAUAAUGUCCAAAAAUAGGACCAAGAAGUUUAUCAGCGUUAUAUGGAUAUUGUCCUUUUUACUGGCUGCACCUAUGAUCUUUACCAUGGGCCAGAGAUACGGCAGCAAGGAGCAGAGUGCAGAUUCCCUCAUCUGCACCACCACUGUUGACAUCUCAACUGUGAAGACAGUCAUCCAGGUCAAUGCAUUCUUCUCGUUUGUACUUCCCAUGACCAUAAUCUCGGUACUUAACACCAUCAUUGCCAAUCAGCUGGUUGUCAUGUUUCGACAAGCUGGUCAGGACCCACAGGUCUGCACCAAUGGUGGGCAAAAAACUAUGCUCAGUAUGUCUGUGGAGCCCACCAGAGCUCAUUCACUUCGUCAUGGAGUUCGAGUACUGAGGGCUGUUGUGAUUGCUUUCGUGGUCUGCUGGCUCCCAUACCAUGUCCGUCGACUAAUGUUCUGUUACAUUCCAGAACCCCUUUGGACCGACUUCCUUUACACGUUUUAUCACUACUUCUACAUGUUAACAAACGUGCUCUUCUAUGUCAGCUCAACAAUUAACCCCAUCCUGUACAACCUGGUGUCAGCCAACUUUCGACAAAGUUUCAUCUCCACACUCACCUGCAUGUGCUUUUCAUGUAGAAGGAAGAAGAAAAGGCCGGCGCUGACAAGGAAGUCCAACAGUAUUUCUAGCAGUCACACGUUCUCCAGCCACAUAACCAAGGAGACGUUAUACUGACAGAGUGAGGAAGGAGUGCCAAGUCAUGGUCUUAUAAGAAGCGGCAUAAAUGUAAACAUCAAAAAGUAUAACACACAUCUUAAUCCAUGGGCAACAUGUCAAAAAACUGUAAAACAUGUCUUUACCAUUGGCAGUGGCCUAGUUCCCAAGCUUCUCGCUGCUGGUCUUGAGAUAUGGUUGUAAGUCAUUUUUGUGAUAAAGACAUUGUUAUCAGCAUCAGUUCUUUAAGUGAUAGUUGUCAUUACGGUCAGCAGACAGGCCUGCAGGUGUUGUACAGAAUUACAGAGCUCUGCAAAGAGAGAUAAAAGAGCUGUUCUACUUACCACUACAAAUAGCCUGAGCUGUAAACUUUGUGACCUAGGAUGCUUAAUUAUCCUCGAUUGAUAUCUGUUUGACUCAUGUUUUUUAAAUUAUUUAUUUCCAUAAAAACUAUUUUGCUAAUAGAAGGGCACAGAACAUAGUUUAUUUAGAAGUGAACAAUAUAAGUUUAAACAUAAAGACUGAGACAUAAUUUCUUCAUAAUAUACUUAAUAAGGAGCAUAUACAAUUUAUUUAACAGUUACAAGAAAACAACAGCAGAGAACAAAUAAUUGCUUUUUUUCUUUUCCUCCUGUAAGUUAAAUGUGCCACUGAAAACAGACUUUGAAGUUCAUUUAGUUUGCACUGUGCAGACCUAGGCAUGUAUAAUGUUUAACUACCUUUACAUUACUUAUCUUCAAACACUGCCCUAGGGAGUUUCUUUUUUCUACUCCCCAAAACACCACCAGAAUCCAAUUUCUAUUCAUUUGUUUGUUUAUUCAUUCAAACAUACAUGCAUCCAUUCAUUAAUUUUCUAAUUAUCCAAUUAUCGCAGUUCUGGGUGGGGAAGGUGGAGCCUUUGAGCCACUGGGCACAAGGCAGAGAAGCCAAUCAUGAAUCGGAUAUUUGUGUAAAGGAUGCAUGCACACACACACACACACACACACACACACACACACACACACACACACACACACAUGGGCACAGUUUACUUACAUGUAGUGUGUAAUCAACCUGCAUGGAAAUAGCUCUUGAGGUAGUCUUACACAUGGCUAUAUGGUAAUCGUUGUUAGUAGUUUACCUUAACCCAUUGUGUCAUAGUGUUAGUCAUGGGCCUUUUAGUUAGAGUUUACUUUUGAUAACCCUCUGUGUAUGUGUGUGUAUAUCUAUAUCUGGCUAGCUGUCGAUAUAUAUAUGUGUGUGUGUGCGUGUGUGUG